GCGAAACGCAACAUGCAGGUUUAACUUGCGAAUUUUACUAAUUUUCUGUACUUAAAUGAGUCAUUGUAUAAGAAAAUUCGCGAAUUUCCGCUAGUGCAAUGUCUACGGAGAAGAAAAAACGACGAAACACCCGGGCGUCACCAGUGGUUGCCUCACCAAAGGACGACUCCUCUAGCGACGAGUUGGUAAUCGAUUUCCCGUACGCGGCAAAUAACACCCGAAGUAAACAGCAACCACAGCCACAAUCGAUUGUUACCAGAUCUUCAAGGCCGGUAACGCCGAAAAAAAGUCCGGAAAAACGACAACCCUCGACAAGGAAGAAACGCCGCAGACCUAGAUCGAGCAGCUCCAGUAGCGAUGUGGAGGACCAAACACUGGAGGAAACAAUUCAGAGGGUGGCAGUCAACAAUAACAUGACGCAAGAUAGCGUCAAGAAGAUUCUCAAGAAGCUGGUGCUGAAUGAGCAUAUAUUGGCCACGGUGAAAUUGAAGGAAGAAGAUGAGGACCGCGAAGAAAACAUGCGACCUUCGAAGGAUGGAACGGAUGGCGACGAUGAAGAUGAGGAAUCCAAUUAUCUUCAAUACAAACUUACUCGAUUGAAAGCUAAGCAGCUAAACAAGCAACUUCUUCCUAUAGUUCCCCUGAAGGCUGCUCCGAUAGCGGACGAGGAGGUGGCAGCCUUAAUCCAUGAGGAUCUUGGCUCCGAUGACGACGAUGAAGAGUACAAACCGACCGAGGAAGACAUCCAAUCCGAUGAUGAUCCCAGUACAACGAUAUCGGAUAUCGAUUCGCAGCCGCGCACCCCAGCUACGCCGGCAGCCGCAGGAGGAACGGAGUGUGGUCUCGAUGAACGACCGGAAUACAGCCGAGAUGGCUUGUUCAAAAUUCCCAAAUCGCGCAAUGAUAGUCACUGUUCGCAGUCAGAACAGGAGCAGGAGAACAUAGCUCGACGAACCAGGUCCAAGCUGUGUUUGCAGACGACGGCAAUCGAAACGAUUGAAUCGACGUUUGUGCCACCGGACAUUACGACGGAUAUGUACGAUUUCGACUGCGAUAUGGAUCACGUGUGGAAAGAGUUUCUGAACGAGUUUACGAAGCCUUUAGAAAAUCACGCAGAGGAAGAUGAUGAUACCGAUCCGGAAUACGUGGCUGCCGAUAAAGUGCCAGUCGAUCCCGAAGAGCUUCGAGAAGUUAAGGUAUCAAAGAAGGAACUUAACAAUCUGGUAUCGGAACUGCUUGAAAUGAGUGGAAUUAUAGAUGAAUCUUUUCUUGACGAUGGUUUGCCAGACAGUACCUUGAUUCCUGAUAAUACAAUUGACGCUCAAGGUCAAGAAAAUUCAAUACAGGACCUUGAGAAAACAGAAGAAACUUCGGAGCUUAGUACUCCUCAACCAAAAGUACCCAGCCCAGAAAAAAUGCUUAUUCCAAGUCCUGAAGAGCAGGUUAAUAGCACAAUCAUUUCGACUGCACCAUCCGUAGAUUGCCGAGUUGUAUGCAUGAGCACUCCUCUUCAGCAGCUGCAACAAUGUACAAUUACUGAACAACCGUUUACUAGCUUAAAUCCACCAACUAUCAUCGCAAUGGCUUCCACUAGCCAACCUUCGACCAGUGCAACAGCUCGAAAUCAUUCCAUCAUCGGAAAUUUCUUCGUACAAGUAUCAACACCAGACGAAUCCAGCUACACACGGUACUGUGUACCGUCGUUAAGGGUUCCGGUAAUUCCACCUGAUCAACGCGUACCAGUUGAGCCUUCAGAACGAAAGUAUCGCUUCGUUCAUAGCCUGCUUCCGGUGACAGUUACCUAUUCCGAAGGACAAACUGGCUUUACCAAUUUUCAGCUGUCAAUUUUCCAACAACAGCUGCGAAUGCAUGUGCAGUUUGCGGCUCAGAACUUCAUGCAAACCUACGCCCAUCCCAAAUUUUGGCAGAUGGCAAGCACUUUCAAGGAUAUGCUGCUUGACCUACAGGAAAAAUCUAGUAGCGUUCCGUCGGCCUAUGCUUUUAAUCUAGAUGACGCUAUCGAAUGUUGCACGGGCUGGGAGAGGGAACUUGAAGAGCAAUCAGAUGAAAAUACCGAAUUUAUAAAUUUUCAACUGGAAGAAGUUAAAAAAAGUGAAAAAGCAAAGGAAAUAUCCAAGUACUACCAAGGUUUCUUCCAUCCAAAGAUGAUGGAAAGGGUUGUCACCAAUAGAGCCUUUAUGUAUCCAAAAUUGCUGCCGUACACACCGUUUCGAAUGGAUUUACGAUCGGAGAAGCGCUUCAUCAAAUCCGAAGAGCGACUGAUUGCCUACGGGUUGGAAAUGUUCUACUCCAUUGCCAAAGAGGAGUUCAGCCGGUACAAAACGCAGAAAGAGCGAAUUCCCACGCUGUUGCAAGUCUGUAGCUACAUUAGCAAGUACCUGUGCCCGCUGCACACUGGCCCACAAAUAUAUGGGUUCAUUUGCAGCCGCCGGCAGCGUUGCGCUCAGACGAAUUCCAUCAAGUAUUAUUAUAAGCACUUGAAAUCGCCACCUUUCCAGCAUGUGCUGGAAACAAUCGAUUUCAACAAUGUAAUCGCUCCGGCUGCAUAUCAGAAGGGAGAACUUCCGCAUCUUUGGGAUAAAUAUCUCUACUCACCGGAAAGGCUGGUAAUAAUAAACAAUCGCAGAAGCGCAUCAAGUCUUACCAAAUCACACGAAUCCGCCGAGGCAUAUAGCCCACUACCGCCAUCAACACCCAGUCAGGAAGCCAACGUAAACAUCACCAUCAGUCUUGUUCUAGACCCACAGCAAGCCCCGAUACCGUUGGACCAAACUAUUUCCACGAACCUAGAUUCAACGACAUCGUUGCAAAUUGAUCAGCUAUCGUUGAAUAAGUCGUAUCCCUCGGUCGUAGAACAAGAGAACAUCAGUUUAAGUGAAGCAAUCGAGCCGAAUUGCAGUCCAUACAAGGCCGAGAUCAAGGAGGAACCUUCCAUUUCAAUUAUUGACGAUAAUUUCGACGGAUGCAGCUUACCGGAUACCGAUCCACCGAUAUCCGAUCCACCUAUCACUGAAACAGAGAAAACCAGCUGCUGUGAAUGCAACUGUCAUCGGAACGAUAGUGAGCGAGGAAAUAAUUCCCGACCAAACAACUUAGAGAAGGGCCAGAAACGAUUGACGGAUUUUUUUCGUUUGUUUCCAAAGAACAUUUCCUUAAAUGAUAAAAGAAAGAAAAGCUUGAAACAAAAGCUCUGGGAAAUUUAUCAACGAUUCCGAAAUUCGUAUGUGCACGGAAUCGACCGUGGUAAAUUGAAUUGGUUCCUUCGAAAAGUGUUCGACCACUUCUGUCUGAUAGACAGCUUCAGUUGCUUUCUGGACGAACUGAAAAAGAUGAGUUCCAGUAAUGGUUCGAAGAAGAUGGAUGUAAUUAUGGCAAAAAAUGAACACUCAAUAUCGAACGGAUUGCGUACGAGAUUGCAACGAAUCAGUGAGGCUGAAAAUAAGGACGCCAAUUAUGCUUACAACUUUUUUGAAAAAGUUGAAGAGACUUUGCUGUCCGAAAGCAGACAUGCUCAAUACGAGAGCUUUCUGGAAAUUUUACAAUCGUUUAAUGCGGUGGAAGAUCGGGUUACGGAUUUGUACUAUAAAAUAGAAAAUCUUCUAUUGGCUGAUCAUCCCGAAUUGGUCGACUUAUUCCUAACGUUUCUGCUGCCGGGACAAGCGGCAGAAGUUGGGAAAUUUUUCGAACAUUUCAUUCUCACCAAUGCGAAUGAUUUUCUGACCAAGUUAAACAUCUAUUUCGCCAAGCAGCCGGCGCAAAUCAAGAAAAUUUACUCAUGUCUUAAUGAUCUUUCAAACGAGCGCGAUGUGACCAUGGCACAGAUAAAAUCCCGUGUCCUCCCGCUAUUGAAGGGGAAUCCCUUGUUGAUUGAAUGGUUUCUGCAAUUAUUUCCUCCGGAAAAACCUCCGGAGAGUAGUAUCGCCGACUAUGAAGUAAUUUCAAUGAAAAAGCUACCCCUCCCGGACUACACCGAUCCAAAUGAAAUCUACGAGGAUGUGCCAUUCGUGGAAGUGGCUCCGGAAUCGAUCAGCGAAAGUACCGUGUGUGGGACAAAAUACAUCCAAGGUCGUAUCGUGUAUGGAACACAACCGGCGAGAUUGUCCUUCCUGGCCCAUGACUGCAUGGUUUCGGCUGCUUCCAGCAAGGACAACUCGGCGCUCAAAGGAUGCGUGCAUAAUGUACGACCUAGAACGGGUGCCGAAGGUGAAGCGCUUGGCGAUAAGGAUCAGCCGGAUAUUGUUUCACCGGAGGAGAUUCACCGUGAGGAGCCACGGUACAAGCUGUGCGACGAUGUCACCUUUAAUGCACAUGCCAUUCGCCUGAAUCCCCUUGUUCAUGGUGGGAAGGGCGUUACAUAUGCGGAUGUGGCUCACCUGCUGGUGCCAGAUCCGAAUACACCCGACGAAAGUAAUUUCCACUCCGAGGACGAUAAAUCCAACUCCCCGAAGAAGCAACAAAUAAAAACCCUACCCAAAAAGCGAAUCAAUUCUCCAAUCAACAAGAAAAUUACCACGGGAAAAGGCUCCUCUCCAACUGGCGCCAAGAAAGCUCCGGUGUCCGUUCCACCGGAUUCGAAAGUAAUUGCCGUUUCAAAGAAAUUGAAAAGCAUGAUUGAAGCAUCGCCGGACCUACAUCCGGAACCUUCGACAUCCGGUUUGAAGCGAGGAGCAUCAACACCAGCAACAGCAGCGCUUCCUUCAAAAAAGGAAAAACACCUGAAGAAAUCCGCCUCGGAUGACGCCCCUUACGAAGAGAGGAGUGAAUCGAAUGAAUCCAGGGAAAACGUCAGUCCAACCAGUUGGACCAGAGACGAGGAUAAGGUAAUCCUUGAACAAAUUAAAAACGGCUACAGUGCAGUAGAGGAACUUGUGGAACGGAUCGGCGAAAAGAUCCAUGGUAGAAAGGCUUCCGAGAUUCGUCUGAGAUACGAGUUCUUGAUGGAAAUACUGAAGAAAUUUCAGAAAUCGGUUUAAGUGUAUAGUUUUAACUUUAUUUUUAACUCUUAAGAUGUGGUAUUUAAAAGACUCGAAUGUUGAUUUACAAUAAAUACU